UCUCCUUUUUCUUUUUUGGGUCAAACAUGGAACGAAAACUACGUAUUCUGUGUCUACAUGGAAUGUCUCAAAAUGCAGCUAUCUUUAGAAAAAAGACAGCAGUUAUUCGAAAAAAAUUGGACAAAAUGGCUGAUUUAGUUUAUAUUACUGCUCCUCAUUUGAGUGUACAUCCUGAUCAUACUUCAGAAGCAUUAAGAGAAGCGGCUGCCGAUCCAACUGCCUCUGAAGAUUUGAAGCCAUUUGGUUGGUGGUUGCAUAGUGAAUACCAAGAUCCUAAUGCUGAAUAUUUUGUUGGGUUUAAGGAAUCAAUCGAGUUGAUUAAAGAGGUCUUGGUAACUCAGGGACCUUUUGAUGGUGUAUUUGGAUUUUCGCAAGGAGCUUCUUUUGCGUCCAUGUUGACUGCGGUACUGGAAAACCGUACAUUACUUCCUGAAUUCAUUCCACCAGAAUUUGAACAUCCCCCUUUCCGAUUCGCUAUGGUGGCUGCAUCAUUUAUUCCGAACCGUCCAGUGGCAACCAGAAUCUUUUCUUCCAUCAUCAAGACACCAAGUAUUCAUAUGAUUGGUGAAAAGGAUAGUUUGAUUUUACCAGAACAAAUGGAAACUUUGGCCAAUGCAUUUGAAAAUCCUAUUUUAUUAAGGCAUACUGGAGGACAUGUGGUUCCAAGUAAUGCUCCAAGUCGUAAUGAAAUUGUAGCUUUUAUAUCAAAAUUUACAUAGAUUUGAUUCCAUUUAUUAUUUGAUUAUGGUAUAUUAUUAGAUUAUUUUUAGUAUAGAAUA